AUGACUAUUCGACAACAAUAUGCUAAUGAAGAGCUUGUCCAUAAACUCCGUUCAAUGCUUAAUGAUUUACCUACACUUCGUACGCGUGCUGUUAAAAAAUUAAAACAUUGGCGAGAAGCGACGAUUAAACGUCUUCUUGCUCGACAACGUGAACUUGAAAAAACUCUAUUAGAUAAAUUUGAACGUCUUGAAUUUGAUACACAAUUAUUUGUUGAAAAAAUCGAACGAAAAAAAGCGAAUCAACAACGACGUUGGCAAAGUGAACCAUUAGAUUAUCAAAAUAAAAGUGAAAUUGAUCGUAUAUCAACAAAUUUAAGAUCAAUUCGUGAAGAAUUAGAACAAUCAAAAUUUAUCUUAGCUGGUACUACAAUUGAUUAUGAUACCGAUGAAUUACUAUGUGAUGAUAUUAUACCAGCAAAAUUAGCUAGUACAUCACGUUAUAGUGGAAGUUUACCAUCGAAAAGUGCAACAAAUAAAACAUAUGAAAAUAAUGAUCUCGGUUCGGAAUUAAAACGUGUACUUGAAAUAUGUACAAGUCCACAACGUCCAUCAUCAUCAUUAUCAGCCGAUGAAAUGAAGUAUGGUUUCAUACUACCAAAACCUAAAGUAUUAUUAACAAAAAAGAAGAAAAAGAAAUUUGAUGCACAUCAAACAAAUUCAGUCUCGAAAGUCAAGUUAUCAGCUUUACAAUCACUUGAUCAUGCUGAGCAUUUAUAUGAUAUGAAAUCAAAACAACCAACAGCUAAAACAACAAGUAAAACCAGUCAACAAAAACCAGGUUCACAAACUGAAGGUCCACAACGACGAUAUACACGAACAAUAACAAAUAUUCCUAUACAACAAAAACAAUUACAAAAUGUUUCAACAAGUACAAAUGAACAAAAUGAGACCAAUGGAGUAGAUAAUAAUAAUAAUCAUAAAUUAUUUGCAUUUGAAUCGUUUGAUGAUUCUAUUCGACGUUUUCAACGUUUACGUGAAAUACGGAAAAAUUUACGAACAAAAUAUGAUAAUCAUUCACAACAGCAAUCUGUUGAAUCAAUGCCACCGCCAUCAACAUCAUCAAAUGGUCUUGAUAAUAUAGAAACAGUAUCAGAAUCUCACCAAAAAUCAGCAACUAUUUCAAAUCGUUCAUUACCAAAUGGUAUUCAUACUAUUCAAUCAACUCCAUUAACAAUUAAAUCAUCAGUAAAUACAAUGAAACCACCUAGGAAAAAAACAAGUGAAACUCGUCAUACAUUACUAUCACGUGAGUCUGUUAGUAUUCCAAUUGAACGAGUCGUAGCUAUAACAACAACAACAACUUCUCCUCCAACAACAGAUCGAGAUAUAGUUGAAUUAUAUGAUAAAGCAGCAAAUAGUAUUCAUGAAAAUGAUCAAACUAUGAAUAAUACACGUGAUCGACGUUAUCGUUCAAGAACACUUGAACCACAUCAAAUACAAGCUGUUGAUAAUCAAAUAUAUGGAUGUCCACCAACAACAAAAUUAAAACAAUCAACAACACAUCGAUCGGAAUCACAAAAACAUCAUAAUAAUCCUCGUUUAUCAUUUCGUCGUUCAAGUGAAGAUACACAAGAUAAACAAUUACAAUUAAAACGAACACAAGAUUAUCAAAAUGGACAUAAAGAAAAUAUGUUAAAUGAAACAUGGUUCGAUAUCGAUAAAGAUCAUUGGACAAAUUUAUUAGAAAAUGGUUGGAGACCAACAAUAAAUACACCUGGUGUUACAUCAAUUGCAAUUAGUGAUUCUAAUUCUCGUGGAAAUAAACAAUUAAAUUCAAAUACAAAAGCACUUGAUCUAUAUGAAUAUAUAUCAAAAAAUGAAUAUAGUUCAUUAUUUGAACAACUUGAUUUUGCUUAUUCACGUACAGUCAAUUUAGGUAAUGAAUUUUGGCGUUUUCUUGAAAUUGAUGGCAAUCAUCAUCUAUGUCUUUAUCAUCAACUUAAUAAACAAUUUAUUAUGUAUAAACCAGAUACUUCACUUUUAUGUUUUCCUUGGCCAUACGAUGGCAUUAUUGAUAUAUCUUGGUCAAAAUCAACAAAUCAUUGGAUAGUUGCAACACAAACACAAAUUAUUAUUUGCAAUCGUUCAUUCAGUAAAAUUUUUCAAUCAAUUGAUAUCACUGGCGAUUGGCCAAAACGUAUUACAUCAUGUCAAUCAUCAAUCUUUCAUACACAUAAAAUUCCACCAACUUCUAUAACAUCUUCAUCAAAUACAUCAUUUUAUUAUACCUCAACACAAAAAGAACGUCCACAAUUUUUACUUGAACGUUAUGAUUAUAAAUUAAAAUCUAUGGGUAAACAUAUACUUGAAUCAUCAACAAUAUGGGAUAUUGAAGCUGAUGAUCUUACAGAACAUUUAGCUAUUUUAUGUGAUGUUGCUUUAAUUAUAUUUGAUUAUCAAUUAAAUUUAUUAAAACAAAUUGAAGUAACUGGAUUUAAAGUAAGUGCAGAUCAUUUCGGUGGAUGGUUAGUUGCUGAUUAUAAUGCAUCAUGUAUAUGGCAAAUAAAACGUAAUGAACAUACACAAGCAAAAAAAAUUUUAAAUGUUGAACGACCAUGGUCUGUUAUACUUGAUCAAACUACAUGGACAUUAGUUACAUUAAGUGAAACACAAAAUCGUGCUAAACGCUUAUUAUUUUUUAAUAUGAAGAAUAUUCCUCCACCGCUUUUAACUUCAAAUUCAAUUCGAUCACAAUCUCAAUUAUCGAUUUCGGUGUCAUCAUCGAUAUCAAAUACACUAACAUAA